UUAUUAAUUGUUGGCUAAGUUUGAAUUGAAAAAAACUUAAUCAAAAAAAUUGUUUGUCUUUUUUAUAACCGAUUUGUGAGUUAUCAUCAAAUUUUUAUUUUUUCUUAAAAAACUAUGUCAUCGAUGAAGAUAUCAUUUUAUUUAUCUGAGAUUACUAACAAUUAUUUGAAUAUUCAUUGUCUGAUUGCCAUAGUUUUGUGGACAGUUAUACUUAUUGUCGGCGAUCGGACAUCACUGGUGGUCGCCGGCGGCGGUAUCGACUUCUGCGACAAAUACAAAGCUAACGACUACAAGAUAUCGUUUGCUUACGGCGUCUACAAUCACAAUCUGACCGAUAAAGAACUGGACGACAAAUGGAUGAAGUAUUUGAUUGUCGACAAGUAUUACUGGCGACUCAAGUUUACCGACGGUCCGGAGGCCAACAAAUCGGUCGAAUUUGUCGACAGUGUCGGCGGCGGUGGCAGUGAAUCCAGUAUUAUCAAUGAAAAAACAUACGAACUGAUUUGGAACGUAUGGUUCGCUUCGGGUGAUACCGGAAGACUUAAAGGACAUGAUUAUGCUUAUCAUCGAUUUGGCGGACGAGAGAGAGGCUUGACUUGGAUCAAUUGGUAUCAACUCGACAACAAUCUCGCUUUUAUAGCGAUCACACAGAAUAGUAUGUAUAAUCUAACUGUCGCUGACUUUAAGCCACAGUUUGCUUGGGUGUCGACCGUCCGAAAGGGUAGAGAAUCGCGAUUUGUCACCUUUUGGGACAAUUUCACUACAAAUGUCUACAACUUUACUGAUCCACAGUUCAUGCAAUUAGUCAAACGGACAAACAGUUCGGAGGACGAACCGAUACUUUUCGGUGAUAACGAACGAUCGCUGGACAAGAGUCUCAAUAUUAUCGGUAUUAUCGGUCAGUAUAGUUUGGCAGACAAUGAUGGCCUAAACAAAAGUUUUUGUGGACACGGAUCCAUUGUUUUCAUGAACUUCGGCGAGUCUAUCAAAUACUGUUAUGUUGGCAAUCCGUUUAUCAGUGAUUCCUGCAAACCGGAAAACCUGAAGACACUGAUCACAUGCUCUACACCGACAUUACCGACAUCAGCGCCGCCGCUACCCGUUGUUAGUAUUACUGAAAGUAUUACCGAUAGUACUACUGCUAAGCCUGACGACGACGGACCAAAUUGGCUGUUAAUACUUAUACUGAUUAUAGUGGCAGUGGUUAUACUACUUAUACUGUUAGGUCUGGCCCUAUGUUGUUGUUUACGCGGCAAAAGCGGUCAGAAAGUCGACGCCAACAAAGCUGACGUAAUGUCGUCAAUGCCAUCGCAAGCAUCGGGAGUUAUGUCCACGCGAUCUGGUUUUGGUAGUCCUGAUGGUAGCGGUAAACAGCAAUCAAUGGUUUCGUCUAAUAUGGACAAUAUGUCCAUUAGGUCAGGCGUUCAAUCGCCGGGUAGUAGUAGUAGCGGUAAACAGCAAUCAAUGGUCUCGUCUAAUAUGGACAACGCAUCGAUUAGGUCAGGCGUUCAAUCGCCGGGUAGUAGUAGCAGACAAUCAGCAGCGGGCGGAUCGCCGACAUCGACGGCAGACAAUGCAAAUAUGAGAUCCAAUUUUGGUGAUGGGGUUGGUUCGCCCAAACAGUCACCACUGGCCAAUGCGUCGACGUUUAGCAAUCUCGACGAUACAAACAUCAGGUCUGCCAAUGUUCAGUCGUCAGCAGCCGACCCGAAAUCAUCACUACUAGCGGCUAACAACCAGUCGACAGUCGGACCGUCGGCGGCAGCGGCGGCAAGCAAUGUGAGCGCCAAUGUUGACUUGAGGUCAUCGAUGCAAACAUCGGGCGCCAAACAAUCACAACAACCGAUGACCAGUCCAUCGAUGGUCAGUCAAGCGAGUAUGAGAUCCGGUGUUUGAGUUUAAAACAGACAUUAAG